UCUUUUUUUUUCAAAAGUGGAAUGACUAUGAGAUAAGAUACUUGAUACUUGAGUUAGUAUUAGCCGCUAAAAAGGAUGGUCGUAAAAGUGAUCUCUCGGAUAUCGUGCGUGUUUUAGAUUCUGUAGUAAAACGCGCGGUUUCUUAACUCCAUGUCGCAUAGACGCGCGGUUUCAGCAGCAGGGGUUUCUUUUUAAGGACAGCCAGUUCCUUUGUUUCAUGAAUUGCAGCAUUCUUGGAUCAGUUCUUUGUUUCUUCUUCCUGAAAUGGAUCCAGAGAAGCAGGAUGUCAUUAAGUUCAUCUUAUACCUCAUGCUCUUGGAAGUUGAAAUGAGAAAGAAGAGAGAGAAAACGGAGGAGAUGGAAAAGCAGCUAAGGGCCGAUCAAGCUGCACUGGAAGCUAUGGAAAAUAAACGUUUGAUGCUUAUGAGUGAGAGGGAUGACAAGAUCGCAGAGAAAAAAACUGUGGACAAAUUGGUUGCUGAUUUUCUUCGAGCAGAUGCUAACGGCGAUUUUGAAGCGCAGAAAGCUAUGGAGAACCAGAUUGUAGCUUUGAUCAGCCGUGACGCCGGCGACACGGGACCAUCUGGAGGCGGCGGUUAGUGCAGGAUGAUUGAGGCGGGUGACGGCGAGUGAUAACUACUAGAGUCGGCGGUGACUACGGCUGGGGUUACGUUAAAUAAGGGUGAUGCUGGAUUUUACCAUUAUCAUAGAAAAAUAAAAGACCUCGUUUUAACUAUGUUUAAAGCACUACAUACGCAUUUUCCUUGUGUUUAAUUUAGACGUUUUAAAAGCAAUGCUUUGUGUGAGUUGGCGGUGAAAACAAAAAUGGAUUUUAGAGAUAUAAGUACAGUAUAUGUGUACUUUAUAAAAAAGAGAUUGGUUGUAGCUGAAGUGGACUCAUGUUGGAUUGGUUGUAAGUGAUUAAUGGGUUUUGAAUUUUGAUGCGGAUGGGUUUGGAACUAAA